UCACACGUGUCAUGCUUCUUUCAGACACGCCGCCCGACACUACCGCCAAUCGAACCCAGCUACCCUCAAGUCCCAACCAGCUCCCAGAUCUCAGAUCCAAUCCACGGCUCACAUCCCUCCACGUCCCGGACCCCAACCCACUAUUUAAAUUCACUUUUUUCUCCAUCUCCUCUGUUCGAGACACAGACAGAAAGAGAUAAGAGGGAAAAACCCAACAAAAAGCACGAGAAAUCUCUGCUCCGAUCUCAUACCGGCUCCGAGAUCCGACCCGCCGGACUGUCCUAGCCGCAGAUCUAGACAACCCCCGACACCGACGGUAAUUACCAAAAUGUCCGCCCCCUUCUAUUUUUAGAAACUCAAUCUUUCUCUUCAGUAUUUUUAGGAAAAAGCAUUAAAGCGAACCCGUUUCGGUCAUUUCCGUCAAAUCUCAGCCGGCAUAUAUAAUUCGAGGGGAAGCAAAUCGACGGCGGAGAUGGCGCCGAGCACGAUCCGGAAGGCGAUCGGGGCCGUCAAGGACCAGACGAGCAUAGGCAUCGCGAAGGUAGCGAGCAACCUGGCGCCGGACCUGGAGGUGGCGAUCGUCAAAGCGACGUCGCACGAGGACGAGCCGGCGAGCGAGAAGCACGUGCGGGAGAUACUGACGCUGACGUCAUCGUCCCGGGGCUACGUGCACCAACGCGUGCUGAACGACGGGGGCCCGGUGUUCGGGGACGAGAUCGUGUACGCGACCCGGAGGGGGACCCGCCUCCUGAACCUAUCGGAUUUCAGGGACGAGGCUCACUCGAGCUCGUGGGAUCACUCUGCUUUUGUGAGGACAUACGCUCUGUACUUGGAUCAGAGGCUCGAGCUCAUGCUGUUCGAGAGGAAGAGUGGUGGUGGUGGUGGUGGUGUUGGAGAUCGACAGAGCUCGAUUGGGUCUAAUGGGUCUUUGCAUUACAGGUCUCCGCCGCCGAGGAAUUACGAGUAUGAGUAUGGAGGAGAGCGAGAUCGGGAGUUUAAGGACUAUGAGAAUGGAGGGGGGAUGAGAAAGUCGAGGUCUUACGGGGAUAUGAAUGAAUCGGUGAGUCGAAACGGGCGAGAUGAGAAGAGGGCUGUGACCCCAUUGAGGGAUAUGAAGCCGGAGCAGAUUUUUGCGAAGAUGGGUCAUUUGCAGAGGCUGUUGGAUCGGUUUCUGGCGACCCGACCCACGGGUUUGGCGAAGAAUAGUCGGAUGGUUUUGGUUGCUGUGUACCCGGUGGUGAGGGAGAGCUUUCAGCUGUAUGGUGAUAUCUGUGAGGUUUUGGCGGUUUUGCUUGAUAAGUUUUUCGAUAUGGAGUAUCCGGAUUGUGUGAAAGCGUUUGAUGCAUAUGCGAGCGCGGCAAAGCAGAUUGAUGAGCUUGUCGGUUUUUAUGCCUGGUGCAAGGAUUCGGGUCUGGCCCGGUCGUCAGAGUAUCCAGAGGUGCAGAGGAUUGGGAGUAAGUUAUUGGACACAUUGGAGGAGUUUGUGAGGGACAGGUCGAAGGGAACCAAGAGUCCUGAGAGGAGAGUGGAGCCUGUUCCUCCGCCUCCUCAAGAGGAGGAGCCCCAAAAUAUGAAUGAGAUUAAGGCAUUGCCAGCGCCGGAGAAUUACACUCCGCCACCGCCCCCUGAGGUUGUGGAUAAGGCGGAGCCCAAACAGGAAGUGGUACCGGACUUGGUGGAUUUGAGGGAUGAUGGGGUUUCAGCUGAUGCGCAGGCGAAUAAGUUGGCUUUGGCUUUGUUUGCUGGUCCUGGUGGUAGUGGACCUGCAAAUGGAUCAUGGGAAGCUUUCCCGUCAGAUGGGCAGCCCCAAGUCACCUCGGCUUGGCAGACACCUGCUGCGGAGGCCGGGAAGGCAGAUUGGGAACUGGCAUUGGUAGAAACAGCAAGCAAUUUAUCUAGGCAGAAACAAAAUCUGGGUGGCGGGCUUGAUCCGUUGUUAUUGGAUGGAAUGUAUGAUCAGGGCGUUGUGAGGCAGCAUGUGAGCACUUCCCAAUUGAGUGGCGGUAGUGCUAGUAGUGUAGCAUUGCCCGGGCCAGGGAAGAGCGCCACACCGGUGUUGGCUCUUCCCGCCCCUGACGGGACAGUUCAAGCGGUGAAUCAGGACCCAUUUGCUGCAUCAUUAACCGUUCCACCGCCUUCCUAUGUGCAAAUGGCGGAUCUGGAGAAGAAACAGCAUUUGCUUGUGCAGGAGCAGCAGGUAUGGAAUCAGUAUGCCAAGGAGGGAAUGCAAGGCCAAGGUAGUUUGGCGAAAAUGAGCGCUCCGGGGUACUACGGAGCAGCACCUUAUGGUAUGCCUCCGGUACCUUAUGGAAUGCCUCCGGCAAAUGGAAUUGGGAUGCCGCCGGCGGCUGGGUACUACUACACUCCUUACUGAUUAUUGUGAUCCUCAUUUGCCUGCCUAUAAAUGACUUACUCUUUGUUCAUUUUGUAUGAUGUUUUCCUAGUAUUUUUUUCUAUGUUGUAUGAAUUGUUCUAAGCCUGUUCUUGCAACUUGUGCAUGAAAAUGGUUGGGUGGAAGAGAGGGGACUGAAAUGAAGAGAUUCGUCAUUGUGGGGGGAUUUUGAUGCUCGGAUAUACGUAAAAUCGAUUUGUGAUGAUGUCUCUUUGUGUUUUGUAAUAUUAGAAUUUGUUGACAA